AUGGUCACCUCUAAACCCUCCUUCCUAGCACGAGUCACAGCUCCAGCACCACGGACGGUAGCUCUAUCGAUCGCGGAUUUCGCAGACGAACUUGCAGAUCUACCAUCAGACGCCUUCGACUCCGACGAUCAGACUCCGGCUAAGAACCUAGGGGGUCCGAUACAAAUCACCUCGUCACCGCCAAGAGUUGCAGCAGCAGCAGCACCUAAGCCGAACCUUGCUCCUCCGCGUGGCGGAUUGGUACAGAAGACGUUGUUUGGUGGCACCGUUGUGCCAAUGGGCCCGGCUACUCAGGCCAACAAGAGACACGCAUGGCCAUUAGCAACGCAGAGAGAACCGCCGACUCACCACAAGCUCAAUGAAGAGGCUACCAGAACCUGGAUAUAUCCCACAAACCUAGGAACCACUCGCGACUACCAAUUCAAUAUUGUCAGCCGAGGCCUGUUCCACAAUUUACUGGUUGCGUUGCCCACGGGUCUUGGUAAAACGUUCAUCGCAGCCACGAUCAUGCUGAACUGGUUUCGGUGGACGGAAAGUGCGCAGAUCGUCUUCGUAGCACCUACUAAGCCUCUUGUUGCUCAGCAAGUUGAUGCCUGUUUCAACAUUGUAGGUAUUCCUCGUUCACAGACUGUCAUGCUCACAGGUGAAACUUCACCUGGCUUGAGAGCGGAAGAGUGGAAGACGAAAAGAGUGUUCUUCAUGACUCCACAGACGAUCAUCAAUGAUCUCAAAACAGGUCUCUGCGACCCGAAGCGAAUUGUACUGGUUGUUGUUGAUGAAGCACAUCGUGCAACAGGCAAUUACGCGUACGUCGAGGUCAUCAAGUUCGUUCGUCGAUUCAACACAAGCUUUCGCGUGCUUGCAUUGACUGCCACACCUGGUUCUGAUGUUCCAGCAGUACAGCAAGUCAUUGACGGUCUUGACAUUUCACGGUGUGAGAUCCGUACAGAAACUUCUCUGGAUAUCAGACAGUAUGUCCACAGUCGUGACAUCGACGUCAUCAAGUUUGACUACUCGGAAGAGCAACAAAUUAUCAUGGAGCUCGCUGGAAACGCUAUACGCCCUGUACUUCUGAAGCUUGCGAGUCAAAAUGCCUACUGGAACAAGGAUCCGAUGAAGCUGACGGCCUUCGGCUGCACCGAAGCUCGAAGGAAGUGGUUCGCUACCGAUGCGGGCAGAAAGGCACCACAACCCGUCAAAGGCAUGGUCAAUAGCAUCUUUGUAGUACUCGGAAGUCUUGGUCACUCCAUAUCUAUGCUCAGGUUCCACGGCAUCACACCUUUUUACAACGGAAUGGUCGAGUUCAGGAACAAGGUUGAUCAAGGCGAGCUCAAGGGCAAAUAUGGUGCACAAAUUCGCGACGAUGAGAACUUCACCAAGAUGAUGAACAUGAUGUUGACCUGGACUCGCAAUCCUGAGUUUCUUGGACAUCCAAAGUUGGAACAUCUCCGGACUGUGGUCUUGAACCACUUCCUCGACGCCGAAGAGAAAGCAGCUGCACCAGGAGGACAACCCUCGAGCACAAAGAUCAUGAUUUUCGCGGCAUACCGUGACAGUGCCGAAGAGAUCGUACGUGUUCUGAAUAGGAAUCAGCCUAUGAUCAGACCACAUGUGUUCGUUGGCCAAGCUGACUCCAAGAACUCGGAAGGCAUGAACCAGAAGCGUCAACUCGAGGUCAUCAAAGAGUUCAAAGAGGGCAAGUACAACACCUUGGUUGCAACUUCCAUCGGUGAAGAAGGUCUGGAUAUCGGAGAAGUCGAUCUUAUUGUCUGCUAUGACGCUUCUGCAUCACCAAUCCGAAUGCUUCAGCGUAUGGGACGUACCGGAAGAAAGCGCAAGGGUAAUAUCGUCUUGUUGCUUAUGAACGAGAAGGAAGUCCCCGAUUUCGAGAAAGCCAAGGACAACUACGAAAAGAUGCAAGGCAUGAUCGCUUCUGGCAAGGACUUUACCUUCCACGAUGAUAGAUCGCCUCGUAUCCUCCCCAAGGAAACCCAGCCUGCUGUGGACAAGAGAGUUGUUGAGAUUCCUGUGGAAAACUCGCAAGCUGCGCUUCCUGAGCCGAAAAAGGGUCGUGGCAGAGCUCCAAAGGCGCCACCGAAGAAGUUUCACAUGCCUGACAAUGUCCGGACUGGAUUUGUUGCUGCCGGUAGGAUGGAUGACGAAGACGCGGAAGAGCUGGCUCCUCGCGGCAAGAGUAAGGCCAAGAAAGCAACUGCUGCUUCUGUCAAGAAGAUGUUUCGCCAACCUCCAGGCAUUGAAGCAGUUUCUAUACCAUCGCUCGACGACGUCUACUUGAACAAAGUCUGUGAGCGUGAGCUUGAACGCAAAUACAAGCAAAUCCAGGACACGAGCGAUCGCGCUCCCACGGUCGGUCUACCACGACUAGAUCGAUUCUCGAGCUCCUUUCCAGGACCGACCAAGUACAUCGCGCAUGGAAGAGCUUUACUAGCAGCUUCGAAUUUGAUGAAGCGCUUGGGCGGCAUCACUGAUGAUGUUGUGCAAGGUUUCAAGGACAACUUCCAUCAAUCCGAUCUU